GACACCUCCGUAGCUUGUUAGCCAAUAUAGCCGAAACGUAUGAGCUCUUAAGACUGUUUCGGUGUAUAUUGGUCCUUGUGUUUAAAACAUAAUUAUUUCGUAUAGCUAGUUUCCCCAUUUAAUUAAAUAUAUACGUUGUUAGGUUAGUAGCUAGCUGGAUUGCUGAAUUAGCUUAGAACCAGGCUAGUCGUUAAUGCUAACUAGCUAACAUCUCCGACCAUGAGUUCACUAAGCUACUCUCCUCCUGAUAAAGAAGAGGAGGUCUACUGGACGGAGAAAGAAGCUCUGGGACUGAACAUUGUCGUGAAAGAAGAGGAGGGGGAUAUUAAUGAAAGAAUGAAAGAGGAGGUAGAAGAGGCCAUCAGUAUCACAUUAAAAGAAGAGGAGGAUGUUACAGUGAAAGAAGAGAAAGAACAUGUUGGAGUGAAAUAUGAAGAGGGGAUAGAGGCUGUCACAGUAGAAGAAGAGGAGGUAGAAGCUUUCAGAAUUAAAAAGGAGGAAGAGGAGGAGGAUGUUAUAGUGAAAGAAGAGAAAGAACCUUUUGAAGAGGAAGAGGAGGCUGAAGAUCUGAUUAACACCCGAGAGAGACCAGACUCUCACUUUGACAGCGGGAAGAGUCCUUCAGGGGAACCAGACCCAGAGAAGAGUCCUUCAGAGGAACCAGACCCAGAGAAGAGUCCUUCAGGGGAACCAGACCCAGAGACGGGUCCUUCAGGGGAACCAGACCCAGAGAAGAGUCCUUCAGGGGAACCAGACCCAGAGACAUCCAAACCAGCAGGACGACACCACUGUUCCCUCUGUGGAAAGAGUUUUACUAAGCUACAGAACCUAAGAGUGCAUGAGAGGACACACAGAGGAGAAAAGCCUUUCCACUGCUCUCAGUGUGGAAAGAGGUUUACCCGUUUAGAGAACCUGAAACAGCAUGAUAGAAUACACAGAGGGGAGAAGCCUUACCAUUGUUCCCAUUGUGGAAAGCGCUUUAGGUCGUUAGGCACCCUGACAACGCAUGAGAGAAUACACACAGGAGAGAUGCCUUACCACUGUUCCCACUGUGGAGAGAGUUUUAGGUGGUCAGGGAGCCUGAAAACACAUGAAAGGACACACACACAAGAAAAGCCCUACCAAUGCUCCCUGUGUGGAAAGAGAUUUACAGAGUUCGGGUCCCUGAAAAUACACAAUAGAAUACACACAGGAGAGAAGCCUUAUUACUGCUCUCAAUGUGGAAUAAAUUUUACCUGGCUGGCGAGCCUGAAAACACAUGAGAGAAUACAUACAGGAGAAAGGUCUUACCACUGUUCCUACUGUGGAAAGAGCUUUAGUGGGUUAGUGAACCUGAAACAGCAUGAGAGAGUGCACACGGGAGAGAAGCCAUACCUGGGUGGAAAGCAUUUUACCCAUUUGGGGAACCUAAAAGAGCAUGAUAGGACACACACAGAAGAAAAGCCUUACCAAUGCGCUCUGUGCGGAAAGAGUUUUACCAAGUUAGUUGGCCUGAAUAAGCAUGACAGGACACACACACGAGGAGAUACGACCUACCACUGCUCCCAGUGUGGAAAGACAUUUACCCGGUUAAGGUACCUGAAUGAGCAUGAAACAGUACAUACAAAUACACUCGAGAAGAAGACAUACCACUGCUCUCAUUGUGGAAAGACAUUUUCCCAGUCAGAGGACCUGAAAACACAUGAGAGAAUAGAGAGGCUGUGUUCUGACUUGUGCUUUUGACCUGAGAAGUUGUGUUUUUGUUUAUGCCACAUGAAAGCUUACUUAAACAUAGGCUUACAGUGACAAGAAAAAGUGAAAUUCCCUUUAGAAUGUCCUGGUUUUCUGUAUAAAUUGGUCAUAAAAUUUGAUCUGAUCUUCAUGUAGGUCACAACAACUUUCAUUUUUCCGUCGCUGACAGCAAGCUGUCCAGGCCCUGAGGCAGCAAAGCAGCCCCACACCAUCUGAUCUUCAUGUAGGUCACAACAACAUUCAUUUUUCCAUCGCUAACAGCAAGCUGUCCAGGCCAUGAGGCAGCCCCACAGCCCCACACCAUCUGAUCUUCAUGUAGGUCACAACAACAUUCAUUUUUCCGUCGCUGACAGCAAGCUAUCCAGGCCCUGAGGCAGCAAAGCAGCCCCAAACCAUGAUGCUCCCUCCACCAGACUUUACAGUUGGGAUGAGGUUUUGAUGUUGAUGUGCUGUGCCUUUUUUCUCCACACAGUGUUGUGUGUUCCUUCCAAACAACUCAGCUGUAGUUUCAUCUGUCCACCAAAUAUUUGGCCAGUAGAGUUGUAGAACAUCCAGGUGCACUUUUACAAACUUCAGACGUGCAGCAAUGUUUUUUUUGGACAGCAGUGGCUUCUUCCGUGUUGUCCUCCCAUGAACACCAUUCUUGUUUAGUGUCUUACGUAUCGUAGACUCGUCAACAGAGAUGUUAGCAUGUUCCAGAGAUUUCUGUAAGUCUUUAGCUUACACUGUACGAUUCUUCUUACCCUCAUUGAGCAUUCUGCACUGUGAUCUUGCAGUCAUCUUUGCAGGACGGCUGCUCCUAGGGAGAGUAGCAACCGCUCUGAACAUUUUGUGAGUUUUUUUAUAGGGCAGGGCAGCUCUAACCAAUCUCAUUGAAUGGACUCCAGGUUAGUCGACUCCAAUUUGCUUUUGUAAAAGUAAUUAGCCUAGGAGUUCACAUACUUUUUCCAAUCUACACUGUGAAUGUUUAAAUUAUGUAUUCAAUAUAGACACGAAAAAUACAAUAAUUUGUGUGUUAUUAGUUUAAGCACACUGUGUGUCUAUUGUUGUGACUUAAAUGAAGAUCAGAUCAAAUUUGAUGACCCAGGACACUCUAAUUCACAUACUUUUUCUUGACACUACUUUUUAAAAAAAUUUUUUUUUAUCUCUGAUAAAAAGUUUAAAAUGUGUGUUUUGUUUGUACACGUUCACAUAUUGGAUAUAAGUAUAAACCCUUAAUGUUAAUUUGAUUAUUUACAUAUUUUUUAAAUGGAAAUGAUUAAAUAGACCCUGUUCCCGUCUUGUCCCCUGAAAUAGAUGAAUAGAAUGUGUAGAUGAAUAGAUUAAUAGAAUGUGUAGAUGAAUAGAAUGUGAAGAUGAAUAGAUUAAUAGAAUGUGUAGAUGAAUAGAAUGUGAAGAUGAAUAGAUUAAUAGAAUGUGUAGAUGAAUAGAAUGUGAAGAUGAAUAGAUUAAUAGAAUGUGUAGAUGAAUAGAAUGUGAAGAUGAAUAGAUGAAUAGAUUAAUAGAAUGUGUAGAUGAAUAGAAUGUGAAGAUUAAUAGAUUAAUAGAAUGUGUAGAUGAAUAGAAUGUGAAGAUGAAUAGAUGAAUAGAAUGUGUAGAUGAAUAGAAUGUGAAGAUGAAUAGAUGAAUAGAUUAAUAGAAUGUGUAGAUGAAUAGAAUGUGUAGAUGAAUAGAAUGUGAAGAUGAAUAGAUUAAUAGAAUGUGUAGAUGAAUAGAUUAAUAGAAUGUGUAGAUGAAUAGAAUGUGUAGAUGAAUAGAAUGUGAAGAUGAAUAGAUUAAUAGAAUGUGUAGAUGAAUAGAUUAAUAGAAUGUGUAGAUGAAUAGAAUGUGAAGAUGAAUAGAUUAAUAGAAUGUGUAGAUGAAUAGAAUGUGAAGAUGAAUAGAUGAAUAGAAUGUGCAUUUCUUGAUUCUAACCUCGGAACCUCUUUUAAUUUUGUUGUUUGGUGUCGUCAAGCUAAAGGUGUAUGAAAUGAAAUUGUUGGUAGAGAGGUAGUUCUAUAGUUGUAUCUAGUUGUAUCUAGCCAGACUAGAAGGGUUCAUGUAGAUUGUUGGUAGAGAGGUCGUUCUGAAGUUGUAUCUAGCCAGACUAGAAGGGUUCAUGUAGACUGUUGGUAGAGAGGUAGUUGUAUCUAGCCAGACUAGAAGGGUUCAUGUAGAUUGUUGGUAGAGAGGUAGUUCUGUAGUUGUAUCUAGCCAGACUAGAAGGGUUCAUGUAGAUUGUUGGUAGAGAGGUAGUUCUGUAGUUGUAUCUAGCCAGACUAGAAGGGUUCAUGCAGAUUGUUGGUAGAGAGGUAGUUCUUUGCAUUUCGACUUUGAAAUAUAUAUUAUAUAACUGAAUACAGUGAAAUUCAAAUGCCUCUUCGAUUCUCUAUUAGGUGUAGUCUAAUCUAGUCUAUCCAAAUAUACAUGUGUACAGAAAACCAGCGUGACAUGUAAUCUAGUAGACGGGACAC